GACGCUGGCCCUUUAACGGCCCCUUCCCCGGGGGCUGCCAGGCGCGUGCGCACUGCGGUUCUGCGCUUGUCAUCAUGGCGACGCGGGGCCAUGUGCAGGACCCUAACGACCGGCGCCUCCGGCCCAUUUACGAUUAUCUUGAUAAUGGGAAUAAUAAAAUGGCAAUUCAGCAAGCUGAUAAACUGUUGAAGAAACACAGAGAUCUUCACUGUGCAAAGGUUCUCAAGGCAAUUGGUUUGCAGAGAACAGGAAAACAGGAAGAAGCCUUCACCUUGGCACAGGAGGUGGCUGCCCUUGAGCCCACAGAUGACAACUCCCUGCAGGCCUUGACGAUCCUCUACCGGGAAAUGCACCGGCCGGAGUUAGUCACAAAGCUUUAUGAGGCGGCCGUGAAGAAGGUUCCCAACAGCGAGGAGUAUCACUCUCACCUCUUCAUGGCCUACGCCAGAGUGGGCGAGUACAAGAAGAUGCAGCAGGCUGGCAUGGCUCUGUAUAAGAUUGUCCCCAAAAACCCUUACUACUUUUGGUCUGUGAUGAGCUUAAUCAUGCAAUCUAUAUCCGCACGAGAUGAAAAUCUCUCCAAAACCAUGUUUCUGCCCCUGGCAGAGAGGAUGGUAGAGAAGAUGGUGAAAGAAGACAAGAUAGAAGCUGAGGCUGAAGUUGAACUUUACUAUAUGAUCCUGGAACGCUUGGGGAAGUACCAGGAAGCCCUGGAUGUCAUUAGAGGGAAAUUAGGAGAGAAGUUGACAAGUGAGAUUCAGAGUCGGGAAAACAAAUGCAUGGCCAUGUACAAGAAACUGAGCAGGUGGCCAGAGUGCAACGCUCUUUCCCGACGCCUCCUGUUGAAAAACUCAGAUGACUGGCAGUUCUAUCUGACUUAUUUCGAUUCUGUCUUUCGACUGAUUGAAGAGGCCUGGACACCUCCUGCUGAAGGGGAACACUCCUUAGAAGGGGAAGUACACUGCUCUGCAGAAGACGCCGUGAAGUUUAUAGAGGAUCGGAUAACAGAGGCAUCGCAAAGUGCCCGCCAUGUCCGAGGCCCACACCUUGCUAAGCUGGAGCUCAUCAGGCGUCUGCGGAGCCAAGGUUGUAACGACGAGUACAAGCUGGGUGACCCAGAAGAGUUAAUGUUCCAGUAUUUCAAGAAGUUCGGGGAUAAGCCGUGUUGCUUCACAGACCUGAAGGUGUUUGUUGACCUCCUGCCUGCCGCCCAGUGCACACAAUUUAUUAAUCAGCUUCUUGGAGUGGUUCCGUUGUCAACACCAACAGAGGACAAGCUGGCCCUGCCCGCUGACAUCCGUGCCCUGCAGCAGCAUCUGUGUGUCGUGCAGCUGACGAGGCUCCUUGGCUUGUACCACAUCAUGGAUAAGAACCAGAAGCUGGAUGUGGUCAGAGAGCUGAUGUUAAGGUACCAGCACGGACUGGAGUUUGGGCGCUCUUGUUUGAAGACAGAGUUGCAGUUUUCUGACUAUUACUGCCUCCUCGCUGUCCAUGUGCUCACUGAUAUAUGGAGAGAAACAGGUGAGGAGAGUGCUGUGUGGCAGGCCCUGACUCUGCUGGAAGAGGGCUUAACCCACAGCCCAUCCAAUGCUCAGUUCAAACUGCUGCUUGUUCGAAUCUACUGCAUGCUGGGUGCAUUUGAGCCAGUGGUGGAUCUUUACUCCAGCCUUGAUGCUAAGCAUAUCCAGCACGACACCAUUGGCUAUCUUCUGACCCGAUACGCUGCAUCCCUGGGUCAGUAUGCUGCUGCCUCCCAGUCCUGUAACUUCGCACUCAGGUUUUUCCACUCCAACCAGAAAGAUACCUCCGAAUACAUUAUUCAAGCUUACAAAUACGGUGCAUUCGAGAAGAUCCCAGAGUUUAUCGCUUUUAGGAACAGGCUGAAUAAUUCGCUCCACUUCGCACAAGUGCGCACUGAACGGAUGCUGUUAGACCUUCUACUUGAAGCGAACAUAUCAACUAGCUUGGCAGAAAGUAUCAAAUCAAUGAAUCUGAGGCCAGAGGAAGAUGACGUUCCAUGGGAAGAUUUGAGAGACAACAGAGACUUGGAUGUUUUCUUUAGCUGGGAUCCAAAGGACAGGAAUGUUUCUGAAGAGCAUAAGAAACUCUCCUUGGAGGAGGAGACCAUGUGGUUAAGAAUUCGCACCUUAACGUUGAGGCUGAUCAGUGGACUUCCGAGUCUCACCCACCCUGUGGAGCCAAAGAACUCAGAGAAGACCUCGGAGAAUGGUGUGUCCUCCCGGAUUGACAUUCUUCGUUUGCUCCUUCAACAGCUAGAAGUGGCCGUGGAGGCGGGGAAGCGAUUUAUUGAGAAGGAAAUUCAGUAUCCCUUCCUUGGACCCGUCCCCACAAGGAUGGGCAGGUUCUUCAGUUCUGGCUGCUGUCACUGCCAGGUCCACUCCUUCCAUCUUGUCAGUGAUGUGUAUGAGCUCGAUACCAGUGGCUUGGAGGGUACAGUGGAUAUACAGGAACGAGUAGAAAAUAGUCUUGCAUCUUUACUAGAAUUAUUGAAAGGCAUCUUCAGCACGUGUAAAGGCGAACUCUUAGAAGUUAAAGAUGGUAAUGUGAAGACACAGCCUGCUGUCCUAGAGAACCUGGUCUUCUUUGUCGAGACUAUCUCUAUCGUCCUUUGGGUAUCUAGUUACUGUGAGAGUGUCUUGCGACCAUACAAAUUAAAUAUACAGAAAAAGAAAAAGAAGAAAAAAGAGACCAGCAUCAUCAUGCCUCCAGUCUUCACCAGUUUCCAAGACUAUGUUACUGGACUUCAGACUUUAAUUUCCAAUGUUGUGGAUCAUAUGAAAGGACUUGAAACAAAUCUAAUUGCACUUAAACUUGAGGAACUCACGUUAGAAGACACUUCGAUCUCUCCGGAAGAAAGAAAAUUUUCAAAGACUGUGCAGGGGAAGGUGCAGAGCAGUUACCUGCACUCACUUCUGGAAAUUGGGGAGCUGCUGAGAAAAAGACUUGAGACCACAAAGAAACUAAAAAUUUAAGAAAGUCUGAAGCACAGGCCCUGAAGAGCGACAGCAGAAGAUGACACAUACCACCUUCCCCGGCAAAGCACAUCUGCUGGCCAUUGUUAAUCCAGAACUUCCUCACAUGCAUGAAGGACUUUGAUCGUGAAUUAAUUUUUGAGGUAUUAAAUAUAUACAGCUGAUUAUAAAUUAUUGUAUAUAAACCAGAAGCAGGACCCUCAUCUGGGUUUACCACUCUUUCUACCUGUUCAUACACACAGGACAGCGACAAGAGAGCCCCACUUCCCUCCCAUCACCAGAAGUGUCUGGGGUGGGGUUUCUAGACAAGCAGCAAUAGAAACAAGUACAAAGCACCAACCUCAAAGCAGGUGAUUGCUCUCUGUCAUGCAGUGGGAGUUGGGGUUUGGUCCUGAGUCACAGGAGGAAAAGCAGAUGCAGGAGCAGACGCAGGAGCAGGGCCCUUCCGUUGUGGCAGGUUCCUUGGGAGGCUCCCACAGAACCAGGGUGGGCCCACAGAAGGUCAGAUGAAAUGUGGUGUGAGCACCUGCCGCUGCAGGGCACCACACAUGACCACAGGUGCUCAGUUUUGGCUUCAUAGUCCUGACAGCCAAGACAUCCCUAGCCCCGCUCCUGGGAGAGUCCAGCCUCAGGUCAACGAGGAAGACUCUGAGUACACCUCGCACUUCGUAAGCUGCUGAGACCUCGCUCCGCUGGUCCUCUAGGAAAGGUGGGAAGAGCUGUUUAAAGAGCAGUGUCCAUGAUUUGUGCAGGCGAGUCUGAUACCUGUCUCCUUGGUUUUAAGUCCCAUUCUGCAGCUGAUUCACGAGUCACACACACACACAUACACAGGCAUAAAUAUACCUAGAAACAAAGAUUUACUACUUGAGUGUUUUUAAGUGGGGAGUUUGGGACAGAAGGGAUUUAUAUUAUGGAUUUAACCUAGGUCUUAAGUUUUAGGUUGACAAAGAUAGGUUUUACCAUGGGCCUGAUGUCAGUCUUUGUUGACAGUUGGCAGCUGUACCAGGAUGUAUUUCCUUUGCUCACCUGGAGGUGGGAGGUCUGGUUCCCAAACCUCCAGCUUGAGAGGCUGCUCCGAGAGAGACUAUGAAAGCUGCUCUUGGAUGUGUUGUGCCGAGCUCUUACAGCUCCUUUGCUGACGGUUGGUGUUUGGAUCCCUCCUUCUGUUCUCCUUCCUUGUCACCUGACCACUGUGAGUCGGUAACUGGAAGGUGAAGAAAUGAACUUGCUGAGUAUUGGUCUUUCCCACACACUGCUCCAGCAAACCCUGACACCAGCUAAGGAGAGCUGGCAAAAUCUCGGGUGUGAGAUUUGCGUUUUAUCCUUUAUCUUAACAUUCUUAGAGUCACAAGUCGGCAUAGUGGUUAAUAAUAGUUUAAACGGCUAAGGACAUCUGUAGAAACCACUUUCUUACUUGUGAGAUGUGCUGGAAAGCCCAGACCAUGUAAUUACACCAGAACAUUUUUAUAACUUAGUUGCCAUAGUAUCACAUGCUCCAUCCUGAAAGAAAGGGCCUUUUGAAUAAGAUGGCUUGAAGACUGAUUCUGACUUGCCUUGAACAUCAACAUGUGAUCAUUUUCUAUAGCUGUGGCCUGGGUCCUAUGGGCCUGGGUGGGCUUUUGCCUGCACUGUGGCUCCUGGAAUAAUGUCUCUUCAGCUAUUCAAACUGUACUGUAUGUCUGUAGAUACAGAUGCUCACUAACAGCUCUGUCAGCCAACCAUGAUCAGUUAGGUAUGGACUCUGGGCUGGCUCUGGUCCUCAGGACAAAGCCCCUCCCUCUAGUGGUCUAUCCAGUCAGUCUCCUGCCCUGGACACCUGGGAUCUCCACUGGUUUUACUGACAAAUAAUGUCAAGUUGGAGUUACGCUUCCUUUGUUAUUUGCUGAUUUUCCUACUAAAUGUAGCAUUUCAAUUAGAUCCAAUUCUUACAUUUUGAGAUAAUUGUAAAAAGAAUGAAAUUAUGAAGAAAUGGCCAAUAUCUUUUAUCAGUCUGUUCUUUUGGAAGCUGUCAUGCACUAUAAAUUGUGUACAGUUAAAGUAUAUAUAUAUAUAUAUAUAUAUAUAUUCUUACUGAGUAAAAAGCACCCUCUCCCCACGGUUGUAUGUCUUAGUAUCUGAGGAGAAUGCUCAGUGACCUGUUGCUGCUGCUGCUGCUGCUGUUCUGGUUUAUAUGGGUUUUGUUCUGUUUUGUUUUUGUGUGGUAAAUUGAUAUUUAAAAAACAAAAAGCAAACAAAAAAAAAAACCAUGACUAUUGUUUACAGACUGAAAAAUCACUGCUUUUUAUACUACUGAGAUCCUAAGUCAAGACUUUCCAAAGCAGGAAUUGGGUUCAAGUUACUUCUCUGACGUGGACGGAGUCCUCUGUAGUGUCUCUACAUAAUGGAGAGUGUGCACAAACCUAGGCGUGCUGCCAUCAAUUUUGUAUAUUUUCAUAAUUUUAAUUGUUCAAAAUUGCAUUAUAUUUUGCAGUCACCACGUUCAAUCUGUAUUUGUCUUUCAUUUCAACAUUUUCAAUAUAAAAAGGGGUUCAAUUUA